UGAAAUUUAAAACAAACUUGCCUUGUCUGUCAGGUUAGUGAAAAGGGAGCAAAUAGCUGUUACAUUUCAAAGUACCUCAAUGAAAACCUAACUAGUUUAAUUGCAUGCACGAUUGUAUUUUAAUUAAACUCAGGAUGUGUGUCCCCUGAGAAGGUAAAGUUAGCUGUAUGACCGAUUUGCUCCCAGUUAUGGAUGCGGGUGAAAAACAGCCCACUUCUUGUGCAGAUAGGAAGUUAUCCGAUAUCCUAAGGCCUGCCUCAAUCGAUGACUUUGUUGUUUUGAAGCCCAUCAGCCGUGGUGCCUUUGGAAAAGUUUACCUUGCACGGAAGAAAUGUAAUCCACGAUUAUAUGCAAUCAAGGUGGUGAAGAAAUCUGACAUGCAUGACAAAAAUUUGUCAGGUCAGAUGAAGGCAGAGAGAGACGCAUUGGCCCUCAGCAAAAGUCCCUUUGUCGUACACCUCUUCUACUGUCUCCAAACAGCAACAAAAGUGUAUUUGGUGAUGGAAUACCUAAUUGGAGGAGACGUGAAAUCCCUUCUUCACACCUACGGGUAUUUUGAUGAGGACAUGUCAGUGAAAUACAUUUCAGAGGUGGCACGUGCUUUAGACUACCUCCAUCGCCAUGGAAUCAUUCACAGGGACCUGAAGCCGGAUAAUAUGCUUGUGUCUAAUGAAGGUCACAUCAAGCUUACAGACUUUGGCCUCUCCAAAGUCAAGCUUGACAGAGAAUUGAGUCUUGCCGAUAUCUUGACAACGCCAUCGUUGGCAAAGCCCAAACAGGAUUAUUUCCGCACCCCUGGUCAAGUCCUGUCUUUGAUCAGCUCUCUUGGACUUAACACAGCAGCAGUGGAGAGCAAGCGUCGCAGCAGCGCCUCGGCUGUGUUCAGCCCCGUGUCAUGUAGGAAAAUUGAUCAGCGGAAAAACUCGCUCUGUUCACCCUUGAGGAGACAGAAGGAAUAUCUGCGUUCCCCUGUCUUGCAUAGCCAGACUUUGGGACCCGACAGCUUUGUGUUCAGCCCAAAUGCGUUGACCAAGAGCCUGACUCCCAGGCUGCUUAAGUCCAGAAGGAGGUUUGACACAAUGAGCGCAGGCAGCAGCCAAUCAUGCCUCUUCCCCUCCACCACGGACUCCGAGGGAGGUGUCAGCCCACUAUGGGAGGUAGAGCAGAAGGAGAGGGAGAACUUCCUGCACCUAUAUGGUAGGAAUACCAGUGGACCAACAAAAGGAAAGUCGACCAUCGAUAUGCGAAGGCAGCGUCGGGAUUCUGCUCUGGCGUCGUUAGACAACUUAGACCUACGUGGACAGCACCACCGAGAACCCAGACCUGGUGAACUGUCCAGGAAGGCCAAAGAGGAACCUCUUGCUUGGAAGAGGCUUCAGCUUAACGAGGUAGAGCAGUCUACCCCACCCCAGAAGCCUGAUCUCUCUCAACCAAUCAGAGGCUAUGUUUCUGGAGUUGAAGGUCACUGUGCCACCGAAGGUAAACCAAAGGAAGGCCAUGUUGUGGAAACCUCAGCAGGAAAGAGAGUGUUUGACGAGGUGGAGAGAAGUUCUGAACAGUUGGAAUCCAUUUCCAAGAAGAGCGACUCAGCGUACCAGAGGUGUUAUGGCGUCCCAGAUAUUGCUUUGAAGAGUCGCACUGGUCUGACAGGGGUGUUUGCAAAUGUUCAUUUGGAGGUGUUUGGAUCUGAGGGUCAAGAGACUUCUGAAGGCCAGGCCCCUAAACUUUCCAGUCCCAUCGCUUUGGCUAAAAAGCUCCUGUGUGAGUUGGACGGACCAGCAGAGGGGGUCUUCAUCGAAGGCACGUCAUUUGGUGAAGACCACAAGCUGAGCAGGAGCCUGUGCGCAAACUCUAAGGGGUCGGCUCAUGAAAUGUCCAUCGACAACAGCCCAACCCCAAAGAGGUCGGCUCAAAGUGCCAAAGAGGGGCAUUGGGCAUUGUUCGAGCUAGACGGUAGACCAUAUGACCCAGCAAUAUCACCCAGUACCCCACUCCUUCCUCAGCCACCCAUCUUCGCUAGUACAGGAACAGCAAAGCCGGGCAACGGGUUCACCCUGAGAGGAGGCGAAUCCAAACGCUCCUUCCUCGACCCAGUCCCUGAGCUGGACCCCAGGGUGGCCAUGUCACCCUUGUUCCUCAAGCCCAGGAACGCGGUGGCCUUCCGGAGCUACUGCAGCUCCAUCAACCGCUCCAACAUGUCGGGGAGCUCACGCCUCAGCCUGGAUAUGGCCACCUCAACCUCCUACCACAGUAUGCCCUCUGCUGUCACACCGGUCCAGAACAGACCCAGCUCCAACAACUCCCUCGAUCAGACCCCACAGUCGUCGACCACCUCCCACACUCCGUUCAGGACCCCUAAGAGUGUCCGACGUGGUCCUGUACCCGUGGAGGGAGUACCGAUUUUAGGCACCCCAGAUUACCUUGCCCCAGAGCUGCUAUUGGGGAAACCACAUGACUGCAUGGUGGACUGGUGGGCGCUGGGUGUGUGUCUGUUUGAGUUCCUUACUGGCGUGCCACCCUUCAACGAUGAAACCCCUCAGCUUGUCUUCCAGAAUAUUCUCAACAGAGAUAUUCCAUGGCCCGAUGGUGAGGAGGAGCUAUCCCACAAUUCCCGUAAUGCCAUAGAGAUUUUACUCACCGUGGACAUGAACAAACGGGCUGGUUUCAAAGAACUUCGAAGCCACACUCUGUUUGCGGGUUUGGACUGGGAUAACCUUCAGAACCAGACCAUGCCCUUCAUCCCUCAGCCAGAGGACGAAACUGACACAUCCUACUUUGAUGCAAGAAACACUGUGCAGCACCUCUUGAUGUCUGGCUUCAGUCUGUAGGUUUGUUCUCCGGGGUUGGGGUCCAUUUAGGAAGUACACUGAAAUUCCAAUUCUCUUCAAAUGAAUAUUAUAUAUAUAUAUAAAGUUUAUUUUAUUUUUUUAAUAUUUGUACUUUCUGUCUUUUCAUCCAAGUAGCACCAUGUUUCACUGCUCUUCCAUGCUCUACUAUGAUGGACUUCUUUUUAAAAUUUUAUUUUACUUUUAUUCAACUCUGGCAAGUCAGUUAAGAACAAAUUCUAAUUUUUUAAUGACAGCCUACCGGGGAACAGUGGGUUAAACUGCCUUGUUCAGGGGCAGAAUGACAGAUUUUUACCUUGUUGUGGAUUUGAUCUGGCAACCUUUCGGUUACUAGUCCAAUGCUCUAACCACUAGGCUACCUGCCACCUCUACACUCUAACCACUAGGCUACCUGCCACCUCUACACUCUAACCACUAGGCUACCUGCCACCUCUACACUCUAACCACUAGGCUACCUGCCGGCCCCUUCUUCAUGCAGCAGGUUAUAUACACUACAUCUGUAUGCGUACAAAAUGUGUAGAUUUCUUCUUUAUCACUUUUUUAAAAUUGUAUUUAUUUUACAUGUUAUAAAUACAAAUAAAACAGUUGUGUGAUGAA